GCGGCCGGAAGGAAGAGGAUGGAGAUCCGAGUGGAAGACGAGCUCCGUGCGCUUCUGGAAGUCGAAGACGCGCUCCAUGCAAGCCUUGGGACUGCUAUCGACGCCUUCCGCGACCUCUUCCCCGCCUCGAGCGACCACGUCCGCCAAGAGACCAAUGCCAUCCGCCGACAGAUCGACCUCCAUGCGGCGGCGCUCCAUGCAUCAGACGUAUCCAGUGCAAGCGCCGACAUGAUGUUUGAGCGCCGCGUCCUCGUCGAUGACGUGCACAACCUCGUGCUCGCCCACGAGCUCUUGUGGAAGACGUUCUCGACGGCGGCGCUCAUUCUCUUUCGGUGGAUGGAUAUGGAGCGCUGCGGCGCCGUCGGGUCGUCCAUCAAGGUGCUGCAUGGUCGUGCACGGUCCUUGCAUUAGAUGGCUCAGCUCCACGCAGAGAAAGGCGCGAAGCGACAGCGGACCAUCGCUGCUCGAAAUGAUGCUCCGCGAAGCCAAUGCUGCCAUGAAGAAGCUCGUCCAUCCAGACACCCUGGUGACGAUAUCGAUUGCAAACAUGUGCUCGGAGCCUGUCGUUGUGGACGCUGUCUCGAUUUGCUUUGUGCACAACGGUCGUCUGCUCGAGUCGACGAUCGAGCUGCAUGAAGUGCUCGGCGUCUCCGCGACCUCGUCACGUGCGUCGUUCCAUUUCUGUGUUUUGUGUCGGGUACUGACGGCGCGCGCAGUGCACCUUGGCGUCCAUCUCGGCAACCUUGCAUCACGACCAUCGACCAACCGCUGCUCUCGUAUGCUCGAGCCAUUGGAAGCACUGCCGGUUGUCACGUGGCGCGUGGACGGCGGGCAUUGCAUUGCGGGUCUGCACGCUACCGUCGAUUCCUCCUUUGCGAUUUGACACUGCUUCAUGACGCUUAAUACUGCAUAUUGUUUCUUGUGUACUCGUUGCAAAUGAAGCACGCCACAUUCUAAG